ACGCUACUGACGAAGCUCCUAGCCGCUCACGACGUUCAUGUGGAGUGCCGUGUGGCGAAGCGGAAUGAGAGCGGCGAAGACUAUCCGAGCCGCAUACACUCGGACUUCUCCAACUUCUACGCCAUCUCGGCUGCUCCAAGCUUGAGCAACGGUGUGCUCCACGAGCCGCCGGCGCAAACGGCCGCCCUCAUUCACAGCGCGUCAUUGCCAUCUAUCGAGCCUUGUCAAGUCGAACCUCGCUCGCGGCAACGAAGCGUUUCCUUCAUUGAGGGGCAAGAAGAAGGAGGCAAGAAGGACAAGGAAGAAGACUUUCCUUCAGAAGCCUCUGUCGCGAGCCAGCGCUUCGACAUGCACAAUGCUUGGCGCAGACUUGGAGAAGAGCAGGUGUCCAAAUCGAGUCGAUGUCAGUCAUCUUUGCCUUCAGAUACCUUAAACCUCAGGGCAAACGACAUGUCCGGGCAACCCAGCAUGGCUCGUUUGUGGGCUGUAGUUGCAAUUCUCAGUCUUGUUCUUCAUGCUGCGGCCUUGCCCUUGGUGGCCUUUCUGCCAAGAGAAAUCCACUGGGUGGAUGCAAUCAGUCUGACGACAGCAUUGUUUUGGGUGAUGACACUCCCGGUGGCAGCAUAUCGAUGGACUGGCCAUGUCUCGUCUUCAGCUGCGGCAUUCAGAGCAGCUGCAGUUGAGACGCUUCUAAUUGCCUUGCUGCUCCUGGAUCUGGCGAUUCCGCUUCCGCUGGAAUUGAAGACGCUCUGUCAAGGCUUGCAACUAACACGCCUUCGACAUCUCCCAAAGCUAUAUGCACUUUCGGGUUUGCCAAGGAGCGUCCGCCGGUGGAAUCGUCAGCAUACGCGCGAAGCGCAUGGCAUAAGCAUGUUCUUGAUAAAUCUGGUUGCGUGUGCAAUGUUCUUACAUUACACGACAUGCCUUUGGUUUGCGGUGGGCUCCCUGCCUGAUGGUUGGAUUGCUGGGAGUGGCCUGGAAACAUUGUCAGUGCCAGAGCAAUAUCUGAAGACUAUUGAAUGGGCCCUGUCCCGUAUGCCUGCGUCACGGACGACUGAAAACAUGCUCCUGAGCACACAGACAGAGAGGAUACUUGCAUUGCUGGCAACAGGCCUUGCGAUUCUCAUUGGUUCAGUUUUCACAUCCAUUAUAACCAACGAACUCUCCGAUAUUCGCCGGGCGCACCGAACACGGUCUGAAGCGCAGCAUCAAGUUGAGGAUUACCUAUCAACCUUCCCAGUCUCUUGGGAGCUAGAGAGCGGCAUGAGGGAAUGCUUGCAACGGAGUACACGAACCGCGCUGGUGCCCAGCAAGGAGGACAUGGAUAAAGUACUGCCGGAAUAUUUGUAUCGUGAGUUGUGCCGUGAGGCUCUCUCCCCUGUUCUUGCCAAGCAUGAGUUUUUCGGGGGGCUGCUUGGUGGGUUUGUGGCCUUGCAAUACGACUUAUGUCACAAGGCCUUGUCGGAUUGGAACCUGUCGCCCCACGAAACCCUCUUCUCAGCCGGUCCAACCUGUACGAGCAUGCUGAUUGUGGCUCGUGGUACCAUCUGGUAUCGUAGCAUGCGGGGGGCGUCAGCCGAGCUGGUGUCAAAGCCGGUUGUGUCGAGCAGCUUUCGACGGCGAUCCUGGGCGUCGAUUCUUCCCAUGGACGGCCGGCAGCCUUUGUCCGCCUCACAACUGGAAGCAGGAGAUUGGCUGUGUGAGGCCUGCCUUUGGACAUCAUGGCACUACAUGGGAAAGGCGAUGUCUGAGACGCCAGCCACCCUCUUGUGCCUGAGCCACCAAGCCUUAAUAGAGCUGGUAUCCGCGCACAAGGAGGUCCGCAGUAAGGUCUACAUGUAUGCACGCGUCUUCGUGAGAGAGCUCAACGACAUGGAGGAGGAUGAGGUGUCGGACCUGCGUCUCCACAUGGGAGGACUGGCAUGCCUACAGAAUCGCUCCUGUGAAGCCUCGCCGUUAUAG